CUCUCCAAUCUGGUGCCUCCCAUGCAGAAGUCGAAGAAUGGGCCCAACGCAGAGGCAAACCAUGUCACUCUCCCUUCGCUGUCUUGCUAUCUUCAAGCUAGUCUAAGUAUAGCCCAGCGCCUGAUGCUGAUUAGCCACCAGUGAAACCCCGCUAAUGAAAGGGCGCCACUGAGUUUCAAUUAUUGCUUUGCCCUGUCAGACGGCAAAGAAAGGGAAAAAACCUGAAAGAAAAUGGAGGAAACUGGAGGAUGCCAGGGAAAACCUUGGGUCCUUGGGUCGUACUCCGUAGUCAGUCCAGUCCAAGUCCAGUCCAGUCAUGUAACUAAAGUAAAUAAAACCCUCCCACGCCCCCUUUUCCAUCUCCUCUCCUCUUCUCCUCUCUUCUUCCCUUUCUUCCUUUCCUCACAGUCUCUCGUUUUGAACUGCCAAUUCCUGCUUCUCGGACACUCGUUCAAUUUGAUCUCUUCGAUCUAUCUCUGUCACUUCAGAACUCAAGUCCUCCCAAUCCGUCACAAUGAAGCUCAACCUCAUCGCUCUGACUGCCCUGCUGGGCCUGGCCGUCGCUCAGUCGACCACCUCCACCGGCGAGGCUUCGGCCACCGCCAGCCUGUCUCCUGAGGCUUCCUGCGCGAAGAAGUGCACUGAAACCGAUCUCUGCUGCGUCGCUCAGUGCUACAAGGUCCCCUGCCCCAGCGACUCGCAGGCCAACGACACCGUCAGCUGCGUUGCCGCCUGUCCCCAGGGUACCGGCUCCCCCAGCGACACCGACCGCUACGCCAAGUGCCAGAGCAGCUGCUACAGCAGCCACUUCUUCCCGGCCACCAAGUUGACCGACAGCGACUCCAAGACCACUGCCACCUCCAACAGCGAUACUAAGACCACCGCCACCGACAAGGACAGCAAGAGCUCCGCGACUGGCUCCUCCUCUGGCUCCCACUCCCACUCUGGCUCCGGCGCCAGCGCCAGCUCCACCGGCUCGAGCACCGCCUCCGGCUCUGAGGCCAGCGAGACCGCCAACGCCGCGGCCCUGAAGCUGGGUGUCUCGACUGCCGGUGUCAUCGGUCUGGUCCUGGGUGCUCUUGCUCUGUAGAGGAGUUAAGAGCGCGCGUUCACUAUGAGACCUGACUGCCACAUCGCAAGAGGUGUGGAUGUGAAUUAAGGGGCUGGGGAUGAGGUGU